CAACCACCUCUUUAACCACAAGUUUCUACCACUUCUUCUCACCACUCGUAUCACUUUCUUUGUCGUCUUCCUCUCUCUCUCUCUCUCCUCAUUUCUUUUUAUAUUUAUCCAACAAACUUCGUUUUUUUUCAAAACCACACCCUUUUUUUUGCACUCUAUCUUAAUUCUUACUAUGGCUUUGCUCGUGACCAUCAUCUUAGGGCUCAUCGCCGGAUUGUUAGCUUUCGUUGUUGGUUUGCUCAUAGGAUGGGCAUGGAAACCCAGAUGGGUUUCUUCUCCUAGUGAAGACGAAGUCAAGUUACAAUCCUCUGCUCCUACAUCUUUCGAGUUGUCUUCACCAUCAUCAUCUCCUUCUCCACGUUAUGCAACUUCUCCAUUAAAGGGUUUUGGUUCAGCUCCUUGCUUCAAAGCUCUGGUUUGUGACACUUGGAAUAUGGCUUUAAGACAACAGAAAACAGUUUCUCCUGUUCCUUCUUCUGAACAAGUACAUGUAGUUGAUGGAGGGAAGAAAACAGAGGAGAGGUUGCCUAAUACUGUAACAGACUUAGAUUUAAGACAUCUUGUGCAACUGAUUGAGAGGAAAGAUGGUGGCCUUGCUUGGGUUCAGAUCAUGGAUCAGUCUGUUCCUGGUAUGAGAUAUCAAGCUUGGUUAAGAGAACCUAAGAAUGGUCCUACUGAGUAUAGAAGCAGAACUGUGUUUGAAGAUGCAACUCCUGAGAUUGUAAGAGAUUUCUUCUGGGAUGAUGAGUUUAGACCUACUUGGGAUACAAUGCUCUCUAGUUCCGAAACUGUUGAAGAGUGCACAAGUACUGGAACCAUGAUCGUUAGAUGGAUACGCAAGUUCCCGUUUUUCUGCAGUGAUAGAGAGUAUGUGAUCGGUCGUAGGAUAUGGAACUGUGGCAAAUCUUAUUACUGUGUUACGAAGGGAGUAUCGGUUCCUUGUGUACCACGUAACAACAAACAAAAACGUGUGGACUUGUUCUACUCUAGCUGGUGCAUUCGACCAGUGGAAUCAAUAAGGGAAGAUGGAACAGCAACAAGUGCCUGUGAAGUGCUUUUGUUUCACCACGAAGACAUGGGGAUACCGAAGGAGAUCGCGAAGCUUGGAGUGAAACGAGGAAUGUGGGGAGCAGUGAAGAAGAUGGAGCCUGGUUUACGUGCUUACCAAGAGCAAAGACUCUCAUCAGGAGGAGGAUACAAGCUCUCUCGGCCAGCUCUCAUGGCUCAGAUCAACACCAAGAUCACACCAGAACAUCUUGUUUCGCUCAGCAACGGUGCGUCGCCCUUCACUGAAACUCCAGUUACAUUGGACCGAGGAAACGGAGCUGAGAAUUUCAAGAAACUGUUGUUUAUCGGUGGAGCUGUUGCGGUUGCUUGUACUUUGAGUGGAGGACGGGGUUUUGUUCCUACUGGGUUACUUUUAGGGUUUGGGAAGAGGUUUGGUGGAAGUAAACGUGACCUCCAAGGAACAGGAACUACUACUACAACAAGUCAAAGUCAAAAUACUUCAUCAUAGAUUGAAAAUAAAUAAUCCAAAUUUUAGAUUAUUCAAGAUUAGUUAUGAUUAAUCUUUAUACAAGAGGAGAUAAUUUUUUUUUUUACAAAUAAUCAAUAAAAAUAGAAAAGUAUUAACUUUUUCUUUUGGA